ACACUGUUUUUGACAUUUACACAAUACGGUGAAAUUUUAGCAACGUGCUUUUUAAUUUUUCUCGCACACGUCUGCAGAUUAUUUAAAUUACGGCUUAAACGUCGGAAAGCCAAUUAAUUUGGUUUUGAUUUACUUUUGAGACAUGUUAGAAAACUUUAAAACAAAAAUAACGAAGUUUAGUGAAGGCGAAUUAAUACAAGUGAAACGAGGAAGUAAAAACAUUGCGAACGCUGGCAUUACAACAAAGUGCGCACCUACCUGUGAAGGUUAAUUACUUUUUGGCGAUCCCUUCAUAAGUUUAAUACCCUUAUAGGAUCAUCAUACAACCAUAUCCUAUACUAAAUACUACAGUGAUUGCCUGUUGUUGUGAAAACAUAUUUUUCAUUUAUAAACAACAUUAAAUUGUGCAAUAAUGUCGGUGUACAGCAUGAAAACGGGACUGUCGUCCAUUCUCAAGGCGUAUUCGCCAACGGAACGAGAAAAGGCUAAAAAUAUUGCCAUCAAUAAAGUGCGUUUCGAGAUGCCUAAGUUAAAGGGAAUUUUGGAUGCGGUAGAAGCAGUCAAUGAGCACAAUAACUUUCAGCCGUUAAACGAAUUCGUGGCAUAUUUAAGAGAAGCUGAAUUAAGUGAUAACGAUUUUUUGCGUUUGAUGUCAGAUGCACACAAACUAAUAAAUGAUCUCAGUCCAAAAUUUACAAAUUUAGUUGAGGCGCUCAUCUCGCUUCCAUGGACUAAAAGACAGCCACCUGCAUUACAAGCUUAUGCGGAAUUUUACAUUGAUAUUAUGGUUGCACACAAUAAAUAUGUGCAAUUCGGCAUACCCAAAUUGAUUUCGCUCUGGAUACCAGCUGAUGGAGAUGCUGCGCUCUGGCCGAAUGGUUCGCCUAUUGAAGAUCUAAACACCGAAUUAGAGGCUGUGCAUAGAUUGUUAGAUCGAAUUUUAACUGCAAUACCAAUGAGCUUUGAAAUUGUGCUAGAAGCUAUCGAAAGUAAGUUUCCAUAUUUCAAGAAAGCAACGCAUGUGAUCGCUGGCUACAUACAUAGUGUGCUCUGGCUAAUUGAAUAUAAGCCUAUUUUCACGGAAUUCGUGGUGCAGUUGGUAUUACAAAAGUUGGUUUUGCUGGAUGUGAAUGCACCACGUAGUGAAAUUGAAGAAACCGACUACGAUGAUGAAGAGUUGGAAGAAAAUGAAAAUGCAGAAAUUUUCGAAAUGGACGACUGUCCAAAAGAUGAUGACGUGCAGCCCAUGAAGCAUCCAAUCGCGCAUACCAUCGAUAUUUGUAUGGAGAAAAUGUUUAACUUUUUAAAUACAAAAAAUCCAAAUUUACUCAAUGCAAGCGCUGAACAAAAACUACAACUGAACAAAUUUUGGAAAAUACUUCUUUCGGCAUUUGACAAUGUGAUAUUACCCUCGCACAACACACAUCAUGUGCAGUUUCUCUUAUUUUACUAUUGUAGCUUUAAGAAUACCAUCGCAGAAGCUUUUCUCACCUCUCUAUGGGACAAAAUUAAAAAUCCAAAUAUUUCUGCAGUUAUACGACAGGCUGCUGUGGGAUACAUAGCGAGCUUUUUGGCGCGCGCAAAAUUUGUGCAUCUCCCCAUUCUUAAACACUACUUGAAAGAGCUCUGCAAUUGGGCGCAUCAAUAUAUACAAAGCUGUGAUCAAUAUCGUCAGAAUGGUUCACUGAAAGCAAAUAUCGUAUUCUUCUCGUUGUGCCAAGCCGUGUUCUAUGUAAUUGCUUUUCGUAGUCGUGAUCUAACGGUUGAUAGAAAAAGCUUACUUUUCUUACAAUCUCUACAAUUGUCAGCUAUAGUCACAUGUAACUUUAAUCCGUUGCGCGUUUGCUUGCCUCCCGUGGCUACUGCAUUCGCAGGUGUCACGCGUGCCUAUCAGCUAGCCUAUUGCCAUGCGAUUUUGGAGCGAAAUGCAAGGCGUAAAUUAGCGACAGUAUAUGCAAACGACGUGGCGACGCCAGAAGAAACACUCGACACUUUCUUUCCCUUCGAUCCGUAUUUGUUGAAAUUGUCCGAGAAGCGCAUAACACUGCAUUAUCUACAAUAUCAGGCUAGUGAAGCUGAGGAAGCGUCAGUUGUGGCGGGGCAUAGAUCACCGCGUCGUCAACGCAAACGUGGCGACUCUGAGAUGCUUGAUGAUGUCGAUGAUUUCAUAGUAGCCGAUAAACGGCAAAGAAAUAUAGAAUUAGCACGCAGUCAAGAGCGAGAAGCUCAAUUCACCUACGGACUGUCGCCAGGAUUUCAUAUGUAAAUAGAGCUGAAUUAACUGUAUUCAAAGUUAUAAGUUGCAACUUAUUUUAAGCGUUUAAUUAAUAUUUUAUGAUUCGAAAUGUCACUCAUUUGUAUAAAUUAUUUUUACACAUAAAAAGUGUAUAUAUGUAGGGUAGUAUUUGAGUAUGAAAUGUGUCAAGUUAGUUGUUUUAAUUAAUACAGCCGCUUAAAAUUUAAUUUUAGUUGCAAUAUACAAAAAUGUUACGUUAAUUACAGUUAAUACAUACCUAUAUACAUAUAAGAUUAUAUAUUUAAAUAUAUUAAAUAUAUCGGAACGAAAUAAGUUCGUUGAGGAAAUAUAUUUUAUUUUCCCUUUGAUGUAAUGUAUGAAAAUUAAAUUAUUUGUGUAAUUAAAUUAGCUGUAUGAGUAUUACAAUGAAAUCAAAAUAUAACUCGCACUGAAGAAGAAACAUG